AACUCUAAUUUUUUGUUUACAUCGAGGUCGCCGACAUUUUACUGGGGUAUAGGAUAACUAGAACGUUUUACGGUUUUAUACUGAAAUGAUGAAAUUUUGUUUCUUCAUUUUUUGUGCUUCUACUUUUCUCCUCUCUGAUGCAGAACAACCCUCAAUACAGACACUGACGUUUCCAGAUCAUAGAUGUUAUGGACCGUUUUAUUCGACACCGAGAGAAAGUUUUAAAGUCAACCAUACCAGCGAAGAGUUGGGUUAUAUUUGUAAAGAUAUGUCGUUUAGUGGCUGGGAUCAGGUUGAAUCGGUGGAAAGGGAAGUCUGUGUAAGAGUACAACAGCUUAGCCUAUAUUGUUCUCAAAAAUUGGAAUACAGGACAGGCAGCAGAAGGAGUCGCCCUGCUAAGUCCUAUGAUUGCUAUGACACUGCCAAAGACAUCCCAGUAUUCUGUACAUUUGAUCUGUUGUACAUACGGGUACAGUCAGAGAAGGAGAAUGAUUACUCAAAAGUUGUUUAUACAGUGUUUAGUGGCAAGGGAAAACCGUCAUAUAAAGCUGACAGUGGGAACAUGUCCUCACUGGUCCCUGCAAUAGGUGCAGUAUUACUCCUACUAUUGAUCAUUAGUAUCGUGUGUUUCAUACGCGCGAAAAGAGCACGUCAGAUGCAAAUGGAAGCAGUUGUCACCAGACGUAAUCAGCAACCUCCUGCAAAUAUACACCAUCACUAUCACCAAGGUAAUCAUCACUAUCACCAAGGAGACCAGGGAGCAACAUCUCAUUUAAAUCAGGGUCAUUUUCAAGGACAACCUCUCCUUCCUCAAGGAUACAAUAUGCCACCACAGGCGCCUCCUCAGUUCCAGGUUUACCCUCAGUAUCCAUCCGGGCAACAGAUGAUACCAAACUAUCCACCACUGAAUGUACAAGAGCCCAUAAAUGACAUGAGCGGACCUCCGUCGUAUGAAGAGGUCACAAAUCAAAAACGUUGAUAUUAACAUUGAGUCCAUUUAAUAUUUUUAGCAUAUUUCUACGGUUGUUUAUGGUAUGGAAGUACUCAUGAAUGCAUGUUUAUUGUAGAUAGCUAUAUAGCCUGCUACAUGUAUUUUCUCCCAGAGGAUAAAUCAUUUUAAUGCUGCUGAAUUCAUUUCGAAAGUUAUCAACUUUCCCUACAUUAUAUGCCUGAAACCAUUUGCAUUAAAAAAAAUGGAGAAAAUUAGAAUAAAUACAUUGAGCCAACACCAUGAAUAUGCAGGUUAUACAAGAGUUACUUAUAACACCAUACAAAGUAAAAACCCUUAAUGUGUUUGUAAUUUAUCCUAUAGUAGAAGACUGAUAGCUGUGAAUGUUUCUGGAUUGUUGUUGUAUUUUUUUUUUUUUUUUUAGUUCUUUCUUUUUUUAUUUCUUUACUUCUAUAUAUUCAGACAUUUUUCAUAGAAUUCUUUUCUAAACUGAUAAUGUUUUAUUCAUAUUGAAUGGCAUUGUUUUUAUUUGUUAUAUGUAAACUGUUAAACGUUUUGAAGUCUUUAGAAGUUUACUAUGAUAUAUGUAAUUUUUAUGUUCAUUUUUAUUGUGGCUGUAGGUUGUAUGAGUUCUUUUAGGAUUCAGUGCGACUUCAGCAAUACUCAAUUAUGUUAUUUUGAUAGUCUGUAUUUAUUUACAUACAAAUAAAUUUGUUAAACGUAU